AGGGAAAGGAGAGGAGAGCUAGAAGGAGGAAGACCGCGUGCAUUCGAAGCCAACGAGUACGAGUAACCGCCGCGCGCCGCCGCGCCGUUCCUCUGCUCCGCCACCACCCACCCAACCGCAGCAGCAGCAGGCCAUGGCGCUUGUCUGCUCGUCCUCCUGGUGGACCAGGUUCUGGCGGGAGCUUCGAGAGGCUCUAUGGGAGGAGGUUAAGGACGAGCUUUUGGAGCUCGCCAUCCGGUACCUGUACGACAAGCUCUUCAACCGGCGCCAUGAAGAGGCCGCCCCAGCCCAGUUCCCAGAUCUCACCGAGUUCCUCGUCAACGACGACGAGUCGGCCAGCGAGGCCGCCGUAUUCGGACCAAGACCGCCUCGCGCUCUCUGUCUCGGCGACGGAAGCGUCCGCCCUGGAUUCUUGGUGUUCCUCGACGACGGCGUCGCGCGUGCUCCUCCGUUCGCCAGCGUCGACCAUAUCUAGGUGCCGGACAGCUUCUUCUUCCCUUCGGAUGUCAGCUUUACCGGCAUCCAGUCUUCGCGCGCAGGGCGCCGCGGCUCGGCCCUGUGCUCGGCUGCGGCGCCGCCCCCCUCCUGCCUCGCCGGAUCCCGAGGUUCUCGCCGCCCUCCGGCCCCAGCGCGCCACCGUCAGGCCCGCCCCAGCUCCCUUGCGCCCCGGCGACGCCUCCCGGCCCCGGAUACCUCUGGUUCUGGGUCGCUGCAGGGGCGGCCGCGGCCGCAAUGGUCGGCACGCUCUUCUACUUGGCGCAUAAGCGCUCCCAGACACGGCGCCGCACCGAAGCGCUGCCGGUGGAGCGCGAGGCCCGCCACGGCGCCACCGGCAGCAACGACGAUGGCGACGGGCAGGCGAGGCCCUCCACCUCCGGCACCGCUGGUCCUUCCUCUUCGUCGACGACUGUCGCGCCGGGAAACCACCCUCCGACCCCGGGCCCCAAUGGGCUGUAGAAAGCCCGGCCUCCAUGUCGCCCGGUUCUCUCUCUCCGUCCAGAACAUCGAAAAACAAAA